AUGCUCCUAUGCCGAUUCGCAAAGGUGAUCGCUGUAUUGGGGGGCCUAAUUGAAAAAUCGAUUUCCAUCUCCCCUCGCACACGCACCCUCCCUGACACUCUUGGAGAUACCGGCUCUGGAUAUCUGAAGGUCGACCAUGAACUUCACAGGCGGGAGAAUACCCACCUGACGGCGGGCACCAUCACCAUUACGGUAGCUCCCGAUCCGACCUGCGGCUUCGACGCAAGGCAUGACGUUGUAACGUGCCCUGUGUCGAAGCGUUGCUCAUGGGAGUCGGGCCAAAUCAAUAAUGUCUUUUGUGACUUGAGAUACAUCAAAACCACCUGCCUCGACAGCACAGAUGCGUUGGACCCGGAUAGAUGCGGCUUGGACUGUGCGGAAGAUAUUAAUACAUUGCGCUGCGUAGAGUCUAGCUUGCCCUACUGCCUCCCGGUCGAGUUCAGCGGCAGCAUCAGCGACUGGCUUUGUCACUCAACCCCGAGCCUUCUCGUUCUUUAUAGCACGCGUGAUAUGAAACCUCGAGACUUUACUACCGUCGUCCUAGUUGAUGGAAGCCCUGCCACGUCGUGGACGAAUGCCGCGACUAUCGGUCCAUCGGUUACAGCGCCAGCGAGACGAACGACCACAAUUACGGGGGAAGUGAGCCAGGCAACUCAGACCAAGUCUCCGCCCUCCGGAGUCAACGUCGGUGCAAUUAUUGGAGGCGUAAUCGGAGCCGUGGCCUUCGUCAGCCUGGUGCUUAUUGGAAUCACGUUAUUCUGGCGACGAAAACCCGAGAAAGCUGAACCAAAUGACUCUCUCCCGGAAUACGCCGCCCAGUCGAACAUGCCAGAUGCCAAGGCCAUGGCAUCUACAACUCUAACCCAGCCAUAUUCCCCCACUUUGGUCUCGCCAAUCGAACCUCCGAACAGUGGAAUGCCCCCUCAGGUAUCCUAUCAGCAUCCAGAGCCUUAUGGGACAGUUCACCCAGGACAUCAGAGCAUGAACGCUCACGAGCUUGCGGGAUGGUCGGGAGAUCACCAAGCUGGGUCUCCUCCGGGAGCGAAAUGA